GCGAUAGUAGCUUGCAUAUGCAGCCGCCAUAUUCUGUGACAGUAUUUUGAUUCGUAUCUGCUGGAAGUGAGGAAAAAGAGAAAAGUGAAGGGCUGUCGAGGGGAGGGGGGGCUGAAGAAGAGGAGCUGUCAAAAAGUUGUUCCCGAGUCUCUGUUAGACGCCGGAGAGCUGAGGCUCAGUAUCCCUCCCCUAAACGCUAUUUCGAGGACACUCAAGGCCCGGGGCCUCGGCGCAGUUGGAUCUUCGUCUUCCUGCAAGUAGCUGGACUCCUCUCGGCUUAUCUUCUCCCAGCUCCGUGGCCCUGCGGAGGUCCGGCGGCGGUCUCGGGUGUAGAAGGCGGCCCAGGGAGCGGCAGCGGUGGCGGAGACGGAAAGAAGAUGUUCAAAAUGAAGGUGUGCUGCAAUGACUGACGCCCCAGCACGCUGAACAGAACGAGCAGUCCUGACCUGGCGACAUACGAAUGGCCCAGGGAAGCCACCAGAUUGACAUUCAGGUUUUGCAUGACCUGUGCCAGAAGUUCCCUGAAGUCCCAGAAGGUGUUGUCUCCCAGUGUGUUCUGCAGAACAACAACAAUUUAGACGCCUGCUGUGAAUACUUGUCCCAGAUCAGUCCGGUCUACCUGUACAGCGAGGUAGGAAACCGUGGCUUCUCGGAAGACCCCGGCGUCAUCAGGCUUCGCAAUCACAUGACCCAGCUGAACCUGGGCUUGCAGUCUCAGAAUGUGCACGUGGGCCCAGUUCGGAACAACCUGAGAAUGAACGGCAGUCGAACUCUGGCCCACAGCCUGAGCGACGGGCCCCUCCAGAAAAGCCAGGCCCCCAACAGUGACUUCUUUCAGCAGGAGCCCCAGUCAGCCCCAGUGCAGGUGCCCUCCAGCAUCAAUGUGUUCGAUGGGAUGGAGCCCACACGAAAACCACAGCCCCCGCAGCACCUCGGACUCUACCCUCUGGGUGUCAAAGGAUCGAGUAUGGGUGUUCAACAGACCCCGCGCUUCAAUCCCAUCACCGUGACGCUAGCGCCCCACAUCCAGGCGGGCCGAAACACACCCACUUCUUUGCACAUACACGGUGGUCCACAGCCGGGCCUCGGCAGCCCACAGGGUAACUCUAUCUACAUCAGGCCCUAUGUCAGCCAGUCUGGUACGACUCGGCAGAACCAGCAGCAGGGAGGCAGGGCCCAGUACAGCCCCGCCUCCCAACCCCAGCAGCAGAUCUACCAGAUCUCACACCCCUCUUCCCUGUCCGGCUCGUGGUCCGGCCCUCAGCACACCGCCUCCUCACAUACCUCACAGCACCAGACCCUGGGCCACCAGACCUCGCACGUCUACAUGCCAAUCAGCUCCCCCACAAAUCCCCAGGCGCCCUCCAUCCUCCCCACUGGAAGUCAGGCCUCCUCCUCCGGCGUCUCAUGCUCCUCUUCCUCAGCCUCCUCUUCUGUCAUGCCCACCUCUCUGUCCACCAUCAGCCAGUACAACAUCCAGAACAUCUCUACUGGCCCGCGGAAGAAUCAGAUAGAGAUCAAACUUGAAUCUCCUCAGAGGAGCAACUCUACAACCACGACCGCCGUGCUGCGGACAAGCAGCGGGCCCCGGUCCUCCUCCACGUCGUCCUCCUGCCCUUCUUCUUCUUCCUCUUCUUCAUCCUCCUCCUGUUCAACCGGGGUGGCCACUGUCCCCACCACCCCUCUCUCCAUCGAAGGUCCAGGUCUGAGCCGCAGCCAGCCCACUGUUUACAUCUCUGCCAGCCCGCCUACAGCUACCGCUCCCUCUGAGGAGCGCUCUCAACCCAAGUUUUACAUUUCUGCCAAUGCCUCCAGCGACGACAGUGGGGGUAGGAACCCUCCCACAGUCUACAUCUCAGCCAACCCUCCCUUGCAAGGGACCUCGGGGGCCAGAAACAUGGGGGGCCAAGUGAGCAUGGGCCCUGCGUACAUCCACCACCAUCCACCGAAGUCUCGUGCCUCUUUAGGAGGGGGAGGUACGGCUUCGUCACCGCGUGUGGUGGUGACACAGCCCAACACCAAAUACACUUUUAAAAUUACAGUGUCCCCCAAUAAACCUCCAGCGGUGUCCCCCGGAGUCGUGUCCCCUACGUUUGAGCCCAACAACCUCCUCAGCCUCCCCUCAGACCACCACUUCGUGGAGCCCGACCCCCUCCACCUCUCAGACCCGCUGUCGCCACACAGGGAGAGGCCGAGCGAGCCGCGCAGACUCAGCAUGGGCUCCGAUGACGCAGCGUACACACAAGCAUUGUUGGUCCAUCAGAAGGCUCGCAUGGAGAGGCUGUGGCACGAGUUGGAGCUGAAGAAGAAGAAGCUGGAGAAGCUAAAAGAGGAGGUCAAUGAGAUGGAGAACGACCUGACCAGGAGACGGCUGGAGAGAUCCAACUCGGUCUCCCAAAUUCCUUCUAUCGAGGAAAUGAAGCAGCUGCGAUGCAAAAACAGGUCCCUGCAGAUCGACAUUGACUGCCUCACAAAAGAAAUUGAUCUCCUUCAAACCAGAGGACCACACUUUAAUCUCAGUGCAAUCCAUAAUUUUUAUGACAACAUGGGAUUUCUUGGUCCUGUCCCACCCAAACCCAAAGGUACUUUAUCUAUUGACAGGAGAGGAUGUAGAUAUAAUGUGACCUCUGAGCUCCUGAUGGAGCCCUCCUCUGGUCCUUCCCCUCCUCCCCCACUUGACCCGGGCAGUAAGAUUGUGAAGCCCAUCGCAGACCAGGAGGAGGACGAGGGAAUGCAGUGGAACUGCACCGCCUGCACCUUCCUCAAUCACCCCGCCCUCAACCGCUGUGAACAGUGUGAUUUCCCGCGGCACUUCUGAGCCAACGAGGCCGCGCCGUGCCGCCCCGCCAGUCCCGAGUAGAAAGGCCUCUCCUUCUCUUCCGUUUCGCUAGGCGUAUGAAAACCCCAGGUGGGGGUGGGGUGUGUGCGUCACCGAGCAUCAGUCGCCCGUUUGGUUUCUUUCUUCCCUCCUCUCUAAGGUGUGUGAGAAUGCUGUCCACUCUUCAGUGGCUUGACUGGACGCUGUUUCACAGUAUGUGUUUUUCCACGAAGCCUGGCGGAGUCGGACGAUGCUUCCCUCACCUUAGAGACUCGGAUGCUCGACAGGCGAUUCUUUCCUCCUGGGGAUACCUCGCUGCUGCCACUUACAGUAUUACGAGUGGGGCCCUGCAGUGUGACGGCACGCAUACACCACACACACACACACACACACACACACAUACACACACACACACACACGCACCACACACAGGUGCGAAUGUGCCUUUUGCUGAUUACAUAUUUUGUUGUUGUUUUUAUUCCUCUUUGGUGGUGUGAUCGGGGAAUUGGGAACUUUGUUCAGCCACUGCUCUCCACCUGAAGGAGAAACUAACAGACUAAUCGUGGGACUUUUUCAAGUUUGUUUGCUGUUUCUCGAGGAUGACAAAAGUGGGAACCAGCAGUGUCGCUGCCACUCAAAUGUGCCUCUUGUACGCCCCCACCCCCCUUUCAGUAUCCCCUUUUCUGUCUCCUCAGCCAUGAUUUAAUGAAAAAUAAACUAAGUUGCAUGCUUUGUGUACAAUACACAGAGGCACAAACUCUCCUAGAGCUUUUUACUGUACAUAAUUUUAGAAUGUGCCUCGAAAGCCUUCUUCCUCACACUAUGAAUCACUUGUAUUUCCUGUAAGUAUACCUUUAUUAACUUUGUUUUGUUUUGUUUUCCUCUUUUAAACAAAUAAGCACCGUGCUCCCCUUUUUUCAUCUUUUAAAAAAAAGCUUUUUGACUUGAUUUCUGUGAGAGUUGAAGCCUUGCAGAAGGAGAGGAGCAGAGCCGUCAUCAUGAAGCUACGUCCGACCUGAUCGCUCUCUGCUUGUGUAAUUGCUGCGCUGCCUGUGUACGAUCUGCAGAUGCAGCAAAAUGGAAGAUGAUGGAGUAGUGUUUUUUUUGUUUUUUUUCAGGACGUCAAAUAUGUCGGGACUAUCGGAGGGCGGGAGGGAGGGAAAGGGGGUUAUAAUGCAAAAUUACAAACUGCCAUCUUAUCUGACAACUGGAAUGUAGGUUUAAUGUUUCGGGGACAACUUCACCUCAGUGCAAAGAGACACUCAUCUUCCAGAACAAUCAGGGUGUUACUGCAGAUCCAUGGAACGUCAGAUGGAGCUAAAGGUCUCCGUGCCGCUGUGCACCUGAAUCGUUUUUUCCUUCUAGAGGUAACAAAGUGAACAUGUUUCAGUUUAAAGCUAUAAUGUGGAGAUAUUCAUAUGGGUCCCAUUGUCUUUUAUAUACAACUGGUCACAAUAGUCACAACAUCAUGGAAGCUGUCCACUUUGUAUACUCUUAUUUGUAUUUGGCUCAUUUCAUCCUCCUAAGCUUUUAUUGAUGAGGGUGUUUCUAAAGUUUACUUAUUGUCAUUACCUUACUUUAACUGUGGAGUAGUUACUGUUUUUCUUCUUUUUUUCCACACUUGUGAAAAACGUUGCCUUGCGUCAGUGCCUUAGAACUAUCGAAUUUGUAUUGUCACAUCCAAGUGCCAUUUUUAAAACCGAAAUUUCAGUAUUGUUUAAACCCAUUUAAAAGUAGAAGAUGGAUUACUGUCUCUUAAGCACUUACGCUAUAGUUCUUUCCUUUUUUUUCUUUUUUUUCUUAAUCCAAAGAAACCAGUUUUCAGCUUUAUCUGCACCUUGGUGUGAAGAGGCAGUUUAUUCAUGUUUUAUUAAAUCGAAAAAAAUAAUUUGGAUAUCUAAAGUGUUUCUUUGAUUUUAGCUGAGAAAACUGUCUUUGUAACAGAUAAGUUAUUUGUAAAAAAUAAUUAAAAAAAUCUAUUCUGA